CUCCGUAAAUAAAUAAAAAUAAAAUAAAAAAAUAAAAUGAAUUGUUUCACUCUUCCCCCUCUCUCUCCUCCCCGGUGUGCUGUAAAUUCGCAUAAAUAUUUAACAAAUAUAAAUAUUCACCGCAAAACUAUUUAUUUCACUUCUUCUUCCUCCUCCAUUUUUGCAUUCUUCAAUCUCCAGAAAUUUAAACUCACCACUUCUUCCCUCUCUUUUGCUUCUCUUUCUUCAGAUAUGGAUACUUCUGCUGGUCAAGGACUCUACCCGCUGCACCACUGCAAAACUCUUCAUUUGGUAAGGCAUGCACAAGGAUAUCAUAAUGUUGCAGGAGAGAAAGAUGUUAAGGCAUACUUAUCCUAUGACUAUCUUGAUGCUAGCCUAACUUCUCGUGGAUGGGAGCAGGUGGAUAAUUUGCGGAAACAUGUCCAAGGAAGUGGACUAUCCAAGAAAAUUGAUUUAGUAAUCACAUCUCCUUUGACAAGGACCAUACAAACUGCAGUAGGAGUUUUUGGAGGUGGUAGCUAUAAUGAUGGUGUAGAUGUUGCACCCUUGAUGGUGGCAGACGCAGGGAACAGUGGCCGACCUGCAAUUUCAAGCUUUGGCUGCCCUCCUUUUCUAGCAGUUGAAUCUUGUCGAGAACACUUGGGAGUCCAUCCAUGUGACAAGAGGAGGACUAAGAGCGAAUACGAAACUCUCUUUCCUGCAAUUGAUUUCUCAUUGAUUGAAAAUGAAGACAUAUUGUGGAAGGAGGAUGUAAGGGAAACAGAUGAAGAACUUGCAGAAAGAGGAAUGAAGUUCUUGAAAUGGCUAUGGACCCGGAGUGAGAAGGAGAUUGCUAUUGUCAGCCAUAGUGGCUUUUUGUUUCACACACUCAGUGCUUUUGGAAAUGAUUGUCAUCAAGUGGUGAAAGAUGAAAUUUGUACACACUUUGCUAACUGUGAACUGCGCUCAAUGGUUUUCGUGGACAAAAGUAUGGCGAGUUCUGAUUCAUCAGAGACAAACUUCCCUGGUAAAAUUCCAAAUGGACCAGAUCUUCCUAGUGAUGCUGCAGAUGAGAAGCUCACAUAAAAGUAAAUCCAAAGUCAAUACAACACUAUAUAUGAUUUGUUGACAGGAAGAACUGUCUAGUUUGCUUGAUUGAUUGAAUAUUGAUCACCAACACUUAAUCUUCCCUUCAUUUUUAGAUUUGAAACUGUGGCAAGUAGCCAAGUAAUACUCAGUAUUCUGGAACCUUUUCAGCUGGAGUACUGGAGGUCUGAAGCAUAUAGUCACCGAAAUUCGGUUAUAAUGAAUAAUUACAGAAUUGUAAUCAACCCAGCAAACUGGGUAUAAAAACAGGUUAUAUUCUUUGUCAUGAUCUGACAUCGUGACAUAUUUGGAACAUUUUUUUUAAUGUGUAAUUUGCCUUAACAAUUACUAGAACUUGAUUUUU